AGCAUUGUGUUGUAUAAAGCAUGCUAUCUGUUACAUGAGCAGUUGUCAUUUUUAGGCGAACUCAAAUAUAGUACGAAGGAAAAGAUAUAUUCUGAAGUAUCAUGUCUGGUACUGCAAUGAAAACUGUUAUAUGCUUGAUUCGGAAUGAUCUCCGGCUGCACGAUAAUGAGCUUCUUCAUUGGGCCUACAGCCAUUUGCAAGCCAGCCAUGUGCUUCCCCUGUACUGUUUCGACCCAAGACACUUUGCUGGGACUUACCACUUUGGCUUUCCUAAGACUGGUGCCCAUAGAUUGCAGUUUUUGUUAGAAAGUGUUGAUGACUUGAGGAAGAGCCUGAAAGCCAGAGGAAGCAAUCUCAUAAUAAGACAAGGCAAACCAGAAGAUGUGGUACCUGCCAUUAUCAAAUGUCUGGGACAGGGAAAUGUAAUAGCUGUUGGAUUUCAAGAAGAGGCUACACAGGAAGAGUUAGAUGUGGAAGCAGCAUUAAAGAAGAAUUGUGGAGUUCAAAUUAAGACAUUUUGGGGAUCUACCUUGUAUCAUAAAGAAGACGUGCCAUUUAAGAUACAACAUGUUCCUGAUGUUUAUACUCAGUUUAGGAAGGCAGUAGAGGGUCAAAGUUCUGUGCGUAAACUACUGGAAAUACCAGAACAACUGAAACCACCACCACCAGACUUAGAGGAAGGUGAAAUGCCCACCAUGCAAACAUUUGGGAUGCAAGGUGAAGUCAAAGAUGAAAGAUCAGCUUUUCCAUUUUGUGGAGGAGAGACUGAGGCUCUGAGUAGACUAAAACACUACCUGUGGGACAGCGACUCGGUGGCCAAAUAUAAAGAAACAAGAAAUGGCAUGGUUGGAGCUGACUACUCGACAAAAUUUUCAACAUGGCUUGCACAUGGAAGCAUUUCUCCCAGAAAAAUAUUUUGGGAGAUUAAAAGAUAUGAAAAGGAGAGGACAGCUAACCAGUCUACUUACUGGGUGAUAUUUGAGCUGAUAUGGAGAGACUAUUUCAAGUUUGUAGCUCUUAAAUAUGGGACCAGAUUAUUCUUUCUGGAUGGUAUAAUGGGCAAGAAAAUACAAUGGAAGCAGGACCCCAAACUGUUUCAAGCUUGGAAAACUGGCAACACAGGUGUCCCCUAUGUUGAUGCUAACAUGAGAGAGAUGGCUGCCACUGGUUUCAUGUCCAAUAGAGGCAGACAGAAUGUUGCAAGCUUUCUUACCAAAGACUUGCACUUGGAUUGGAGAAUGGGUGCAGAGUGGUUUGAGUCCUGCCUUAUUGAUCAUGAUGUGUGCAGUAACUAUGGCAACUGGCAGUAUGCUGCUGGGAUUGGAAAUGACCCGAGAGAAGACAGAAAGUUUAACAUGGUAAAACAAGGAAUGGAUUAUGACCCAGAGGGGGAAUAUGUACGGCUUUGGGUCCCAGAGUUGUCAGAAAUAAAGGGAGGCAAUGUCCAUACACCUUGGGCUCUUAGCAAAGCUUUAUUAAGUAAAGCUAGAGUGAACAUAGGAGAAACUUACCCUCAUCCAAUUGUGAUUGCAAAAGAGUGGGCCAAGCAUGUGGGCCGUCAAUCAGAUUCUAGAGGAAGGGCACCCUCAGGUAAAGGAAGGCAAAGAGGAAUAGAUUUUUAUUUCAAAAAUCCUUCGAAACCUUGACAGUCAAGAGCAUCACUUAGAGGAACACAAGAUCUCCAUAAGACGAACUACAAAACUUUUUCUUAUGAUAAGGAAAUUCUAUUACUUCAGUCUACAUAGCAAUAAAUAGACUUGUUUGGUACUUCAGUCAGACAUAUGGAAGUCCACCUACUUUCUACAGUCUAUUUUGUACAGAUAUGUGCAAUAAAAUGUUUAUGAUAUUUUGUUCA